AUGACCAGCACGCGAUUCGAAGAACUCCUGAAAUCCGCCGAGCAUCACCAUGAGCAAUAUCUCAAGAACCUGCGCCUUCUCUUCGAUAUCCCGGCUACCAGCACACGGGCUGUACGAACGGGAAGCAAUGAUGUGACGGCGUCGCCUCUUCUCAAGGCUGUCAGCUUUGGCCCAACGCCACCUCAGUCGAAUGGUGGGCGAAUGCGAUGGCUAACAAACGAAUCACCCAAAGUCAAACCGGCCUCUGUCUACGAGGGACUCUUCCUAUCCGGUGACGAGCCUAGUGAAUUCUCACCACUAACACCGCUAUCCCGCACCGCCUCGGCCAAAGCACACGACAGUUCCGUUCGCUCCGUUUCCAACUUGCUUCCUCAAAAGUCAUUCUCGGAGGAGAACCUGGUAGCCCAUAUUCGUACAGUCGAUGAAGGCAGUCAGGGGACGGUCACCGCCCUUGGUGAUGUAUGGCAGAGGAGGAAUGAGUUGGAGCCUUCUACAAUACUUGGUAGUUUUGAAUCAGGAGAAGGCAGCUGUUACGAAAGCGCAACGUACGUGAUUUAUGAGAUCGGCAAGGACGGUAUCCCGCAACCUAAGCAGAUACCGUUAGGGCCGGCCUCUGUUGUUGGCCUAGAUUGGGAUGGAGACAACGGGGAUGCGUCUGUCUGGAGUGUCCUCAAAGAUAUCAACAGCGAUGGGAAGGCCGUUGGGAGAAUAACAAUCCUCCAAGAACCCUCGCCUCUGACCCUUGCCGCUACUCACCUGACACUGAAGGAUUACUUUGACAUGAACGAGCUAUGCCAGCACCUCGUUUCCACCGAAGGUAACAAGGGCAAGACCAAGGCCUACGUUAACAGAGCCUUUGAAGCAGACCCCAUCAGACAGCGGAGCUUCUUUUUCGUCUUCAAGUAUUACACCGUCGUCGGCGAAGGCCUGACCCCGGGCCCCUGGCAAGCAUACGACGACCGUCCGCCUGACCGGCGAUCCCCAGACCACAUUGACCUCGCCGAGUGCAGCUCGGUACUCGCGCUAUCCCUUGGAGGCGAACCAACCGGCACUGUCAAGGUCAAGGUUCGGCGGAAGGCCAGAACAGGGGUGCUCUACGACACUUUUGCCCCUUGGCAACUACUCAAUAUCCAAUGCUUCCCGGACGAUGAACACUCAAUGCGGAGCGACAACUCCAGAAAGAAUUUCUGCAACGGCCCGUAUGCAUUCCUUGACGCCCUGUGCGUCGAGUACCGUGACGCAGUCAAGCGUUACACCCAAGUGAACGAGAUGAUUACCAAGCUCAUCACCCCUCCUAAUCAGUUCAUGUUCGACGUCCGCCUCCGCGACAAGCUCCUCUUCGAAGACAGCCACUUCACCUACUCGCGCCGCUACUUCUGGGCCUACAACACCCUCGGCGUCAUCAACGAGGGCAUCAGAUCGAUGCGCGCCGCCUACCUCACAACCUUCACCAAAGACUUCUGGGCCGGCCGGCAUCCGACUCUCUGGCCAUACCCACCGCCACCCCGCCCGCAGUCGCGGUCAGACUCAUCCACCAGUAGUUUGGAACAAAGCGACCAACAACAACAACCGCAACGACACCAUCAAAAAGAAGGAGAUGAUGAUGAAGACAACGACGAAGAGUGCAGGGGCCAGUACCUCGCGCGCAUGGACGUGCUCCGGCAGGAGCUCGAGAGCGCCGUGGCCGAGUUGCAGGUGAUGCACGACAAAAACGAGGCGACGCGCACCGAGAUCCGGUCACUGCGCGAGCAACUGUUCAGCGGGAGCAGCGUCAAGGAGAGCCGAAGGGCGAUUGAGCAAGGGGAUAACAUCAAGAUCCUGACGAGCGUUAGCAUGGUGUUCUUGCCGUUGACUUUUGUCGUGGGUGUCUUUGGCAUAACCACGUUCGACAUAUCCGCCACCGACUGGCGGUUCCCUGUCACGCUGGUGUCGGUGUGCAUCCCGUUCUUCAUCCUCAUCCUGGUGCUGCAGACCCGCGCGGCGAUGGAGCUGGAGGCGGUGGAGGGGAUCGACGGCAUCAGUAUCUGCAUUCUUAUUAUCAACACCAUAAUCACCACCACCAUCACGCUCAUUCGGCGAACAUCGCUAGCAAUGUCACGGCUGGAGACGUUAGUAGUGGUAGCGGAGGGCAGCAGGGUGAUACGGAGCGGGAGGGGAGGCAGCAGGGUGAUACGGAGCGGGAGGGGAGGCAGCAGUGGAGGAGACGGCUUCGGAUGGCGAGGGCGGCGAGGCGGGAGUGGGCUGGGGCCGGGGGAGGUGGCGCGGUGGGGAGAACAGGUUCCGUGGUUCAUCCGCAGAGAGCGGGCGGUAUGGGGAGAAGAGUUUGGGCGAGGGUAG